AUGGCUGCGCCCACAGGACAGAAAGGAUCACAAUCUUCCAACCCGCCCGGGUUUGAAGGUUUUCCAUUUGCAGUGUCUGGUAGACAGCCGGAGGACAGCUCCGCGAAGGAGCAGGGGCAGACCGGGGACGUGAAGAAGAAGCCUUGUAGGGCUUGCACGGACUUUAAAUCGUGGAUGAAGGUCCAGAAGAAACAGGCGACAACUGCUGUACAGGAGACUCCAGCUGCAGAGUCAGAGACACAACAAGACCCACAGUGUCCUCUGGACAGGGGAGAGUUGGGGCGUAACACCUGGUCCUUCCUGCACACUAUGGCAGCAUAUUACCCCGACCAUCCGUCUUCUACGCAGCAGCAAGAGAUGCAGCAGUUCAUCAACCUUUUCUCCAAGUUCUUCCCCUGCGAGGAGUGUGCAGAGGACCUCAGGGACAGCUGUUACAUUUCCUCCCACAGAUUGAAAACCAAUCAACCGGACACCGGGAGUCGCCAUACUCUAUCUCAGUGGUUCUGUCGUAUCCACAAUGACAUCAACAUCCGGCUGGGAAAGCCAGAGUUUGACUGCUCCCGUGUGGACGAGAGGUGGAGAGAUGGAUGGAAAGAUGGUUCCUGCGACUGAGUCGAUGCAAAACUUUCUGUUGAGUAACAACACCACAAAGAGGAGCUCACAUCUGUGUUGGGGAGAAACGUUCUGUGAGGAGAGAUAUGUGGGGUUUUUUGUGAUCAGAUAAUAUCCCCGAUCUGACAAUAAAAUGAAAGAAAAAUGAAAAAAAUGGAUACUUCUUCUGUGAUUGUAAAGCACUGCGAAGUUUCACUAAAUCUCUUGAUGAUUUUUUUUUUAGUUUAGUUUAGUUUAAUUUUUAGUUUCUUGUGUAGGCUUUUGGGUCUUCUUUUCAGUCGUGACUUUUCCGAAAAGCAGUAAAUUAAAAUGUUGUCUCCUGAUUUCGUACAAGUUGUCUUGUUUAACACAGCAUAACAAGCACAACACCUAACAUAACAUUCUUAGUGUGUGAAAAAUGUUUAGGAAUAAAUCUCAUGGUGUCAGCUGUCGCUUAUAGGAUACUUUUAAGUAUGUCAGAAAUAUGUAUUUUCACAGUUAUUUGGAGUAUGUUAAUUUAUUUGCCUAAUUUAGUGCAGAAAUGGAUCAUUAUAAUUAAAUUGAUCAUUUAAGCCAUUAGAUAAAGUAUAAAUUAUUAUAUUUUGUUAAUGAUGGUUUUUCAAAAGUGAUCAUUUGCUUGUGUUUCAUGUAAAUGUUUUUGGUGCUGGUCUGACAAAAUAAGCAACUCUGAACCACUUUUGGCUCCAGUAACAUGUAACGGGUUACAGAAUAAAGACACAAUAAGCAGGUAUUAGAUUAGUGGAUAAAUAGGUAAUUGCACCUGUUAGUUUGAGCCCCAUGUGAAGCUUUUUCUCCUCUAGUUAAGAUCCUUUGAGGCCAGCACCUGGCAUGUGACCUGAUCUGUGUGAGUUAUUAAUAAACUAUCUGAUCAUU